AUUCACUUUGUUGAUCAGAUCACAUAUCUAUGUUAGAGACGAUGAGUAGUUGGAUGACUAGUUGGAUGCUUUUUUUUAUUUCAAUAUAAAAGUGGAGCCGGCCUAUAUGUCUAGACUAAAAAGUUGCAAGUUAUCUGAAAGAGGAUUAUAAGCACAACCAAAAUGGUCAAUAAAAAGUAUUGAAGCAUACUCCAUGGUUUAUUCAACCUUCAUUUUAACUUGAUGUAAUAUAUGUCAACAAGCAUAGUUCAUAGACGAUCCCCACUCUUUAGAUCUCAUCAAAUCUGACUUGGAUAUAGAGUUCGCAACAGGCUCGUCAAAAUCCCGACACAAUAACAACAUAUAUUUUCAUUGUUCUUGAUGACAGGCGGAGAUUAAAAUUCAGUCAACAUAUGUGGAUUAUGGCACCAUGGACUUUCAAGCACUCUUAGAAGGACCCCAUGAUUUGGAUAGAUGGCUGAAAGGUGCAUUCAUUCCUACGUAUAUAAAGGAGGCGGAUUUAACUCAUGAGGCAAGAUUUUUGCACAUCCAAAACUACAAACUUGCAAAACAAAUGAAUGUGGCAAAUGGCAUUGAAAAUAUGUUUCAUCGUUGCAGAUUGAAUGUAACAUUUGUUCACCAACUAGCGAUCAUGGCAUGAAAAUACAAACACUUAUGCCCGCUCCACUGGAGGCGUUGCCUGAGAAAGAGGAGGCCCCUGUCACCACGACUCUCAAUGGUGGAGGAGGAGAAGAGGAGGAGACGAGAGAGGGAGGAAGGGCCAUGUACCCGCCGCCUUGUCAGCAAAGAAGCAGGAGGCUUGCGGCCACCACCACACCGCCGGUGGAGGGGGCAUGCGAUCUACUAGAUUACAUACCAAAAAGUGGUUGGAGGCAUGGAAGUCGUGUGAGAAGUGCACGUGAGAGAGGAACAUGGUCGAUAAACAUGGAACCAUGCCAAAAAUGUGGGCGCAGAAGAAACAAUGACCAUUGGACAUCUGAAGAGGUGAAAGAACUAGUGGAUGGUAUAUCUGCAUAUGGGGCUAGCCAAUGGGCUAAGUUGAAGAACGAAAGGUUUCCAAUAUCAGUUCGAACGGCAGAGCAUAUUAAGGAUAAGUGGAGAAACCUAGUGAAAGCCUUCACGGGAAAUGUGAAAAGAAGGAUCUCGCCUCGUUUAGAUAAGGAUUGCGUUGAAAAGAUCAAGAGGCUAGCAGCUGAUUACCCUCGAAAAUGAAGCUGCACUCGCAAAUGCUACAAGGAACGUCAUAUGGUACUUCUGGUGUAGCAAUGGCCCCGCACCGAUAGUUCUGUUGUUUUUCAAGAACUGCGAAGCAUAGGCUGUCAUAUUGAGUGUGUCGAGAGUAGAGAGCAGAUUGAACCAUCUGGAUGGAGCAGUUUCUAUCUCCUGCCUAACUGCCCUGUGAAUGGGAAUAGCGCUCGCUCCUCCGACCUGUUGGCUUGGUUUUGCUACAGUCAUGUAAUUAGCUUGACCUUUCAUUUAACACCAUGGCACAGUGUGCUGUAAUUUUACACACACUGCUUCAAGCAGUCUCACUCAGUCCGCUCGGGGAAUAAUGCAGUUGGUAGCUCGAAUCGAGCACCUGUGACACGCCUCGACCCGAAGAAGCUUGGUGCCGCUGCCUCCAAGCAGCAGGUUUCUUCACCACUCUGCUUGUACCUUGAGCGAUCGUGAGCUGCCGGAAUGGCUGCUUGUACCUUCAGGCCAGCCAGAAGGCUGAGCAGUAGCUAGGAUACUUUCUUUCUUGCUGCUGUAUCGACUCACUCAGCCGUUCUGAUUGUUUGCACCGAUAAUCUCUUGGGUUUCAUCCAUUCUGAAAAAGUUGGAGCCAGGAUACGUCCCUCUUGAUCUUCUCUAGAAAGGAAUUCAGUCUGUACCCUUGAAGAUUUUAAUAGACGUUCAGGUCGUUAUCAAGCUUAAUUAGAAAUGGAUACCAUAAAAGGUUUAUAGUUCAGCAGUUAC